GUAUUUAAAAACUUUCAACUCAUUUCCCAUUUCCUCUUCUUCUCCAAAAUUCUCUCUUUUUUUUUUUCUUGUUUGAUUUGAAAUGAAAACCAAAAACCCAAAAUCAAAGUACUUCUAAAGAAGCGUUAACAAAGCUCAGAUAUUUAUUUGAAGCUCUGUUAUUGGAAUAAAGAAGAGGCAAUUGUUGCAGCCAUUGAAGAAGAAACAAUAACAAGGAAGCUGAUGUUGCUCUGUUUUGUUCUUUGAGAAUCGAAAAUGAUGCCGUGCUAUGCAAAAUUACCCUUCUCAAUAAUCAUAACAUUUCUUUUUGUUAUCUACCGAGCAAACUCAGUUAACUCGGAGAACAACAAGUGCCAAGGCUCCUGCGAAACCAGCAAUUUCUCAAGCCCCUUACCCUUUCCAUUCGGGUUCACACCGGGUUGCCCCAUCCAACUCAACUGCAACUCGACCGGGGUCGGAAUUGGAGAAUUCCAUGUCCUCAACAUAACUUCCAACGACAUCAUCAUCGACCUGCCCGCCAAAUGCUACCGACCGCUUGCUUCACUCGCCGUUCUCUCCGGUGAGAACUACGCGCUCUCGGUGGACAACACUCUCCUUCUCCAAAACUGUUCCAACCCCUUACCAGGUCCUUGUGAAAUAAGGCCAAUGUUUCUAGAAAGGUCGUUUCAAGCUGGCCCUUGCGCUGCUAGGAGUGACAACAUAAGCUGUUUCUCCAGCGGUGGUGACGGCGUCCGGCUGUUGAGUUUCGAGGAAGUUAAUAAAACGCAGUGCCGUUUCUUGUUUUCCUCGACCGCUAUUGUAGUUGACCCGGCGAGGAACUCAGCGGUCUCUGUGGAUUUGGAACGAGUUAAAUUGGAAUGGUGGGUUAAAGACUGUAAUUGCGACCCAAACGCUAACCGUACGGACGUCAAGAAUGGUAACAAGUCGGUGGGGUGUAAGUGUUUUUGCAAGAAAGGGUUUGAAGGAGAUGGAUUCAAAGAAGGCGGUGGUUGCCGGAGAGUGCCUAGCUGCAAUGCUUCAAAAUACAUUUCUGGCAAUUGCGGGGGAACUACAAGAGUCGGUGUUCUGGUUGGAGGGCUUGUUGGUGGGGCAUUGCUAAUGGGUAUUGUGGCUCUUGUAUGUUUCUAUUUGCGAAGGCGUUCUAAUAACAUCAACAAACAGAUGAGUGCAAAGCGCCUUAUAUCCGAAGCCGCAGGCAAUUCAAGUGUUCCUUGCUAUGCCUAUAGAGAAAUUGAAAGAGCUACUAAUGGCUUCUGUGAUAAACAGAGACUGGGAACUGGAGCCUAUGGUACAGUUUAUGCAGGGAAACUCCACAGCGAUGACUGGGUUGCGAUAAAAAGGUUCAGAUAUAGAGAUCCUGAUAGUAUUGACCAAGUAAUGAAUGAGAUUAAGCUCCUUUCCUCGGUCAGUCACCCAAAUCUCGUCCGCCUCUUAGGUUGCUGCAUGGAGGAGGGUGAACCUAUGCUGGUCUAUGAGUUUAUGCCUAAUGGAACUUUAUCACAGCAUCUACAAAGAGAGAGGGGUUCAGGACUUCCAUGGACAGUAAGGCUCACCAUAGCUGCUGAAACUGCUAAGGCUAUUGCCUAUCUUCACUCCGUGAAUCCGCCUAUUUUUCACCGAGAUAUUAAGUCUAGCAAUAUUCUCUUGGAUUACAACUAUAGAUCAAAGGUAGCUGAUUUUGGUCUUUCCAGGCUUGGGAUGGCUGAAUCAUCCCACAUCUCAACUGCCCCUCAAGGAACACCAGGGUAUCUUGAUCCUCAAUACCAUCAAUACUUCCAUCUUUCAGAUAAAAGUGAUGUAUACAGUUUUGGGGUGGUUCUUGUGGAGAUAAUAACUGCGCUGAAAGUGGUUGACUUUUCACGCGCUCAUAAUGAGGUAAACUUAGCUGCACUUGCUAUCGAUAGGAUAGGAAGAGGCUGCGUGGAUGAGAUAAUUGAUCCAUACCUUGAUCCACAUAGAGAUGCUUGGACACUUUCAUCAAUUCAUAAUGUGGCUGAGCUAGCAUUUAGAUGCCUCGCUUCUCAUCGGGACAUGAGGCCAACCAUGAUCGAAGUCGCGGAAGAGCUAGAACACAUCAGACUCAGCGCUUGGGUUCCAGGCAUGUGCAUAGAGUCUCCUGCAGCUUCCUCAGACGAAGAAAGUGAGAAAUCAUUCAACAAGUCAACGAAGAUGUCCGAUGUGGGAAGCCGGAGACUGAUGAAGUUGAAGCAAAGGGAAGGAGAAUGUUUAACCACCUCAUUAGAAGAAGUAAAAAAUAGGUCUCCUAUAUCAGUACAAGAUCAUUGGUCAAGUGGACAGAGCUCACCUUCAACAAACAGCUUGUUGGGUAAUUCAUCUCGGCGAGAAUGAUGAGACCUGAACAACAACUGCUUUGUGAAUACUAUUCAUCCUAUAAAAAUUUUCUUUUCUUUUCGCAAAAUGUUAAUCAAUGUUGAAACCCAGAAAGUGUUUUAAUUCGAUUAGUAAAGUGAUUACAAUACUAUAAUCGUUUUGUUUGGAA